UGUUAGUGUCUACAGAACAGCCACAACAGCAAAACCCGAACCCGAAAUGAACCCGGGCCGGGUCGGAAUUGCAGAAGGAGAUCGAUUUGCCGUCUGUUGUCUCAAAACCUUGCUUAAACCCUAUAGAGAGAGAUAGAGAGAGAGAGAGAAACAAAGCGAUAUACACUGAGAGAGAUGUUUCGUGCGAUUGGAUCGGUUCUGAAGAGGAACAAGGAGGCGUUUUAUGGAAUCGCUCGAGGAUCCACCACUUCGUCUCACGGAGUUUUCACCUCUAAAAUUACAGCUGCCACUAUAACUUCUGCUUCGUCUUCUCCUCUACCUGGAAACUCCAUCUAUGGCUUGCGAUCUCUGCUCAAGCCUCAAAACGCUUCAUCGUUUCGAAAAAUGUCAACUGUAGCGUCGAUUAGCUUAGAGAGUAAAGAGGGUUUGAAGCUGCUUGUCACUGGAGGACCCCAAGCUCGGAAAUGGGUCGGAACAUGGCUUUUCGGUUCAGCAGCUUGGGUUUUCAGCAUGGUGGUAUUAGGCGGAGUGACCCGGUUAACUCGAUCUGGUUUAUCCAUGACUGACUGGAAAUUCGCCGGCGAAUUCCCUCCUCUGUCGGAUGAAGCAUGGGCUACGGAGUUUGAGAAAUAUAAGCAGUCUCCUGAAUAUAAACGUGUGAACAAAGGGAUGAACCUUGAGGAUUUCAAGUUCAUAUAUUGGAUGGAGUAUGCUCACCGAAUGUGGGGAAGAGGAUUGGGAAUCAUGUUUGCUCUGCCGUUUUCGUAUUUUCUGCGUAAAGGGUAUAUUACUCUACGUCUUGGAGUUAAGCUCUCUGGUUUAUUUGCGCUUGGUGCUGGACAAGGUUUCAUUGGUUGGUGGAUGGUCAAAAGCGGCUUAGAGGAGCCGCCGUCUGAAUAUUCUCAACCGAGGGUAAGCCCUUACCGUCUUGCAGCUCACCUAACCUCAGCUUUCGCCAUUUAUUGUGGACUUUUCUGGACCGCUCUCUCUGUUGUUAUGCCUGAACCACCAGCUGAGUCGCUGGCAUGGGUCCGUGGAGCGGCUAAAGGUCGUGCAUUCAAUACUUUCCCGAAAAUGGGCGAUACAUGGAUCCCAGAUAAUAUAUUUGAGAUGAAGCCACUUAUACGAAACUUUUUCGAGAACACAUCAACUGUCCAGCUCGAUCAUCGCCUUCUCGCAACCACAACGCUACUCGCAGUUGGAACAAUGUGGUGGUUCACAAGGAAGCUGGACAUACAUCCAGCCGUUAAAGCUUUGAUCGGAAGCACUGUUGGAAUGACUGCUGUUCAGGUGACAUUAGGGGUAUCAACGCUUCUGAGUUAUGUUCCUGUUUCACUGGGAAGUGCCCAUCAAGCAGGAGCUUUAACACUUCUCACUUUGAUGCUACUUCUCAAUCACACUCUUCGGAAGCCAUCACCUUCUCUUCUCAAAUCUCUUCCACAAGUCGCUAAGUCAAAUUUCAGCUAAGAUCUCUUCGCCAUAAUCUUUCCUUUCUCAUUUACUAAAAGAAAGAAACGAUUCUUUUGCUUCAAUUAUAAUUAUACCAGCAAGAUUUCACUGAAUCCUUGGUCAUUUAUGUUGUAAUAUCAUUUGAAAAUAAAGUACGAAAACAAUUAACAAAAGUUUCAUAUGAAUCCCAGAAUUCUGAGGUUUGUUCUAAUUAUGUUUGUUUAGUCUAAAUCGUUUUUAUACUAAAUCGGGUUCAAAGCUACACAUAUGAGUUCGGAUUUGGUUUAGAUUUGAUUACACUCAUUUCAGUCCGGUUCAUUUCCGUAAGCAUUGUGGAUAACGAUCAGGGAACAAAGUUUGGUGUUCUGGUGUUUCUUUGGAAGACUAUAUACGUGUCUAGCUUUUCAGCUUCCACGUGUCAAUAGCCCAUCAUCUUUCUUUCUAUAUAUCCAUGCUACAAAACUCUUUCCUAAUUAUUGACCACUGCUAUGGAGAAUCCUGAAGGAAGACGAAGAGAUAUAGCGCCUAUAGCCGAUGGAGAGGAGACGACCAGUUCUUCGGUUGUGGUUGCAACUGUAGCAGCCGUGGCAGUGGUCGGACCGCUUCUGGGGAUGAUGACCUUCAGCCUCGUUGCGACGGCUACUCUGUUUCUGACCGCUUCUCCAUUGAUGCUGAUAUUUAUUCCGGUUUUGACUGUGACGGUGGCGAUUAUUGUGGCGGCUAUGGUUGGUGUCGGUGUGGCUGCAGCCAUGUGGUUGGUGGGGAUUGCAGCUUUAGUUUGUUGUGGACGUGAGAUUGGUGUGCGGAGUGGGGUGGCUGAGAGGAUGGUUGAGGCGAUGGUGAGAGAGUUAGGUUAUGGUUGGACUCGUUACUUGCGAGACAAGUCAGAAGAUGGCUCUUCUUUUUCUCAUUCCCACUCUUCUUCCUAGUUCAAACUUGAAAAAAAGAUCUUUUUCUUGAUGCGUGUUUAUCAAUGAGUUUAUAUAGCAUGUUGAAUUAAAAAAAAAAGGAUAUCAAUAUCCUAAUAUGUUAAUUUCAGAUUAAACAUGUUGAU